ACAUUCGUGCUCAAGUGAGUACCCAACUUAACAGUUGACACUUGACAGUUGGGACCAAAAAAAGUGCAGGUUGUUGCCCACAGUACAUGCCUGGCAUUUUUUGCAUGUUUUUGGGAGAAUUAUAUGGAAAUAUAAAACUAAUUAUUUAAUAAAAUGGAAGUUAAACAAGAAGUUUGUGAAGAGGAAGAGACAUGUAAAAUAGAAAUAGAUAGUGAUGUGAAUGAUGCUCUUCUGGAUGGUUUUAAAAUUGAAUUUAAGCAGGAACCCAAAAUAGAAGCUACACAUGAUACAUUUGAGGUUGCAGACGCAGAUUUAAAGAAAAUUCCCAUAAAGACUGAAAUAGGACAAGAUGAACAUGAACUUAGGUCAUUGGAAGAAAGACAAACAAAUAAAAUAGACUCUCAACAAGAGGCGCACACAUUGGAGAUUAUGAAAACAAUACAAGUACACUCAAAUCACACUGGAGAAAAACCUUACAAGUGCGAAAUUUGUCAUAAACAGUAUACUCGUAAAGAGAAUUUAAAUGCACAUGUAAGAUUUCAUACUGGAGAAAAACCUCACAAGUGUGAAAUUUGUUUUGGGCAAUUUUCUUAUGCACGUUCUUUGAAACAACAUAUGAGAUCGCACACUGGAGAAAAGCCUUAUAAGUGCCAAAUUUGUUUUAAGUCAUUUACUCAGAAAAUUAAUUUAUAUCAACAUAUAAAAAUUCAUACUGGAGAAAAACGUCACAAGUGUGAAAUUUGUUUAAAGCAGUUUGCUCGAGAAAGUGAUUUGGUAAGGCAUUUGAGAGUGCAUACUGGAGAAAAACCUCACAAGUGUGAAAUUUGUUGUAAGCAGUUUAGUGAAGCAGGUCAUUUGAAAAGACAUAAGAGAGUACACACUGGAGAAAAACCUCAUAAGUGUGAAAUUUGUUUUGUGCAAUUUUCUCAUGCAAAUUCUUUGAAAGGGCAUCUGAGAUCGCACACCGGAGAAAAACCUUAUAAGUGCCAAAUUAGUUUUAAAUCGUUUACUCAGAAAACUCAUUUAAGUCAACAUAUAAAAGUUCAUACUGGAGGAAAGCCUCAUAAGUGUGAAAUUUGUUUGAAGCCGUUUACUCGAGAAAGUGAUUUGGAAAGGCAUUUGAGGGUGCAUACUGGAGAAAAACCUUACAAGUGCGAAAUUUGUGAUAAACAGUUUGGUGUAGGAUUUUAUUUGACACAGCAUAUGAGAUGGCACACUGGAGAAAAACCUUAUAAGUGCCAAAUUUGUUUUAAGUCGUUUACUCAGAAAACUCAUUUAAAUCAACAUACGAAAACUCACACUGGAGAAAAAACUCACCAGUGUGAAAUUUGUUUUAAACGAUUUAGUGAAGCAGGUAAUUUAAAAGUACAUUUGAGAGUGCAUACUGGAGAAAAGCCUCACAAAUGUGAAAUUUGUUUUAAGCGGUUUAGUGUGACAAGUGAAUUGAAAGUACAUUUGAGAGUGCACACUGGAGAAAAACCUUACAAGUGUGAAAUUUGCUUUAAAUCAUUUACUCAGAAAAGUUCUUUAAAUAUACAUAUAAAAGUUCAUCAAUAAGAUGAAGGAGAGUACUUACUUACUUAUUUAAUCCAGAACUCGUCUACCUUUCGGUGUGAGUUAUUACGGAGUUAGGUUCUCCGUCGUUUUCUUCCACAUUUCCUUCCAUUUCCUUCUAUCCAUGGCCAAUGCUUUUGUUUCCUCCCAUUUUAUUCCUAUUUUGUCGGGCGCUUCCCUCACUUCUUCUGUCCACGUCUUUCUUGGUCUUCCUCUCGUCUUUCUUCCCAUCUUUCUCGCUUCAUAUAUCUGUCUUACUAUUUUUUCUUCUCCUCUUCUUAGUACAUGUCCGAGCCAUCUAAGUUGUCCUUGUUCGAUUGUUGUUGUAACUGAGUGUAUUUUCAAAUUUUCUCUAAAGGUUUGAUUUCUAACUUUAUCUUUCCAUGUUUUUCCCUCUAUUGUUCUCAAAAAUCUCAUUUCUGUGCUUAGUAGUUUAUUCUUUUGCCUUUUUGGCAAUGCCCAAGAUCCACAGGUAUGGGUUAGAGUGGGUUUCACAAUCUUUUAUACUAUUUCCGUUUCUAUAUUCUAAGGUAUUUCUUUCUUUUUUAAAAAGUUACUCUUAAUAAUAUUGUACAGCUUAUCAGUCUUUGCAAUUCUUUCAUUUAUCUCAUUUUCUAAUUUUCCAUCCCCGCUUAUGAUUACCUCCAAAUACUAUCUGUCUACCUGUUCCAAGUUGCUUGCCGUCUACUUCUAUAUUUUGUUUUCCUUUUUGUCUUCCACUUAUCAUUGUUUUUGAUUUUUCUUUGUUUAUUUUCAUGUUUCUGAUAUUUAGCUCUUCAUACAGUAUGUUUAUAUUUUCUUGUAAUUGUUUUUCGGACUCCCCAAUGAUCACCAGGUCGUCUGCGUAGCAUAGUUCUGUUAUUUGUGUCAUUCUCAACUUCCAAUAUCCUACAUUAUAUUUUCUCCAUUUGUGUUUGCAUUCUUUUAUUACGUCAUCUAGUACUAGGUUAAAGAGUAGUGGGCUCAGGACACCCUGUUUUAAUCCAAUGUUACUGUCCUUGGACAUUCCUUGUCCUUACAUAGCUUUUUGUUUUUUCGUAUAAACUCUGGAUGCAUUUUAUUAGAUCUUGUUCAAUUUUUCUCUUCUCUAGUAUUUUCCAAAUAUCUUCUCUUUUAAUUCUGUCGAAAUCUUUUUCCAUAUCUAUGAAACAUGCAUGCAUUUUUUUCUGUUUUAAGAGCUUUUUCUGCUAUAGUAUUUUUACUACAAAAGCGAUAUUACGUAGGUCAAAAUUUUUGACGCAUGAGAACUGUCAAAACAUUAGAAUGUGACUUUUCAUUAUUGCCAUGUUUGUAAUAAACAUGGCAAUAAUGAAAAGUCGCAUUCUAAUGUUUUGACAGUUCUCUUACGUCAAAAAUUUUGACCUACGUAAUAUCGCUUUUGUAGUAAAAAUAUUAUAUUUGUCUCAUUAUGAAAAUCUGAUCGUUCGUCCCACUUUCUUUUCUGAAACCAAUCUGGCUCUCCUCAAAGGUGUUUUCUAGUUUUUCUCUUAGCCUGUUUUCUAGUAUACUAGCAUAAAGUUUUACUACUGUGCUUCCAAAUGUUAUUCCUCUAUAGUUUGGGCAUUCUUUGCUAUCUCCUUUUUUAUACAAUGGUGUUAUAAUGCCUAUUUGCCAGUCUAGUGGUACUUUCUUUUCUCUCUUAGCUUGGUUCAUGAUGUUUAGUAAUUCUAGUUAUCUUUCUUCAUUCAUGCAUUUGAUCAUUUCAGCAGUUAUCUCGUCAUGUCCUGGUGCUUUUCCCAUCUUGAUUUUGUUGAUUGCAUUUCUGGACCUCGGAGGUAAACUACACUAUGUCAUUUUAAGCAACUUUUCAGUAGAGCAGUUUGAAUAUUUUGAAAAUCUUAUAUAUCCCAUAAUUAUGUAUCUUUCGCUCUGAAAGACAAUGUGAUCAUAUUUUAAUCAACAUAUUAACAUAUAAGUAGAUUGUACAAUACAACUAAUAAAACGUUAACAUUUGCCCUAAUUACUGUAAUUAAUGGUAUUUUACAUUGACAUUGUGCAGUUUACCUCUGAAUGUUUUAAAAAUCUUAUAUAUCCCAUAAUUAGGUAUCUUUCGGUCUGAAAGACAAUGUGAUCGUAUUUUAAUCAUAAAAUUUAACUAGUUUGUACAAUCCAACUAAUAAAACGUUAAAAAUUGCCCUAAUUUCUGUAAUUAAUGGUAAUUUACAGUGACAUAGUGCAGUUUACCUCUGAUAUGUUUGAUCUAUACUUAUAAAAUAUUUAUUGAAUUUAAAGGUAUUUGAGCCCAAAAAAAUUAGCUAGGUACUUCUCAUAAAACAAAUUUUUAUUUUAGUUAAAUGUUCUAACAGUAAAACCUGUGUUAACGGCCACCUGUCAAAAUCGGCGACCUGUACUAACGGCCAUUUAUAUAAUACGGACACGGCCAAAUAAUCUCAUUUUUAAAACCCAUUUUAUAGAAAUUUACUAGUUAAUAUCGGCCAAAAUAUUUUUGUAUGGGUACUUGUUGAUAAUACCCAAUAUUGCGAAAUACCCAAUACUAUUUUAUUACUUAUCGUAUUUAUCUAAAAUGACAUUAAGAAUAAUCUGCAUAAUAAUUUGUUAGGGUCGGUGUCGGCGAACACGAAGUUUUUAAAGCUCUAUAAUAUGUCAUAAAAUAGGAAACCUUUGUGGUUAAGAAACAUAAUAAAAAUAUAAUAGCCGAGAAAGUGAAAAUUCGCAAAAGUUUGCCGAAAAAUAUAGUGCUGUAAAAUGAUGAAGCUGUAUUAUAAAAAAAAAUUAACGUAAUCGACAGAACACUUUAAAACGCUUCACUAAACGCUAACAUUAACAUCUGAUAACAAUCUGAACAGAUCCUGUUUUUUCCGUAGUAUACAGUCUCUAGCCAAAUUAUUAGACGCACUAUAAAAGAUUUAAAAAAAAAUGGUUAUUAUGAGGUAACAUUGUAAUACUAAAUAGGUUUUUUGUAUGUACCAGACACAAGGUAUGUUGUUUGGUUGUCCAUUUAAUUGUCUAUAUUUUAUCACAAAUAGAAUAUUAUUAUUAAUGAACCAAUAUGUAUUUUUUCUACGAGCGUGCAAAAAUGUCUUUCGCACACGCGUUUUAGUUUAGAAAGUUUUACUUUUCCGCACGCGUGUUACUUUUCCGCACGCGUUUUACUUUUCCGCACUCGUGUUAAUUUAGAUAUGUUAAUAUGGCCUUAAAGUAAUUAUAAUACAUGCAAUAAACUAAUAUUUAGAUAUUAUUUACUAAUUUAUUUCAAAUAUAUUAUUGUGUUUGCAUUUUAUCAAUCAACAGCAAAAUAAAAAUUAAAUUAAAUUUUUUUUAAAUAACGCGGGCACAUAAAUUUGAUACACCCUGUAUAUUGAGCUGUUUUAAAAUUUAUUAGAAUUUAGUUUGGAUGUAAGUAGAUUUCUCUUUUAAUGAGCUUUCCGAUGAACCAUUAAAGACUUUUGUGAAUAAUUAAAGUGAAAAUAACGAUGUAUUCAGAUUUAAAAUGGAAAAAGAUUGUUUAGGGUAGAGGUAAUUAUCAAUUUCUCGAAAUUGAUAAUUGAAAAGAAAGUUGGAAUUUUAAUAUCUUUGUUUCAACACGAGUAUAUGUUGUAGAGUUUCUCCGAAAGUAAUUAGGAUUGUCGGAAUAAUUUUGAAAAUGACUGUUGUGUUUGUCGAAUGGAAAAGUCGAUGUUCUGAUUCUUAGAAUGUGGAAGGGGAAAAAUGGAUUGGAUGAUUGAGGAGUUUGAAAAAGAAGUCAUUAUGUUUUUGGCAUCGCUAAGGAGCGGUUCGACGUGUUAAGUGGAUAGAUAGUUAGCAGAUACCAGUGGCUGUUUGAUAGUGGAGAAUAGUGUUGAAAAGUGGAACGAGAGACAGAUCAAAUUGAGACGAAAUACCUCUUUGAUUCUGUAUUAUUGUGAGAAGGAGAGCAGAGAAUUUUUGGAGUUUUGUUUGAAUCGAGUACGUGUCAAAAGAGACCCGGCUUGUUGGAGAAUUGGUGCUGGUAUGCUGAUAGUUUUGAAGCUGGACAACGGAGAGAGGCCUUUGAUGAGUAGCCUUUUAACAUAGUCAACGAGGGAGAGCUGUUUGGGGUCACGAGAAGACAUCCGAGUGAGUGAAGCAAAAGGUCAGUCAAUUUAUGUGAAAGAGAUUUUUAUGUUCGGGAACUAAAUUUUUGAGAAAAAAGCAUAUGAAUUAAAAUUCCAAUAUUUCAAAAUAUAAAUAGUAAAUAUAGGUAAUCUUGCGAAGACAUAAAUUUGUUUUGUUUAGUUUGUUUACCAAAGUCAUCGGGAACAAACCGAUAAAUUGUUUUUUGUUAACUAUAAUAAAUUUAAGUGGUAAAAAUUUCAUUCGGACAUCUGUGUCCACAGGUUUUUAGAUUCGAUAGAUUUCAGAGUAUUGAUUUUGAUAAAUAAAAGACAAUUCUGUAUUUUUAUUUUAA